CUUAUCAGUUGAAGGCGGACAUGGCAAGAAUUGUAACAUGCCACCAACGAAUUGUAAGGAACUCCAAGACUUGUGCCGAUAAUUCACAAUCUUUGAUUUGUUACUUACAAAUGAUGAUAAUGACAACCUCCUCUGUGAGUGUAUUCCUAUUUCUCAAGAAUGAUAAACUGCGAGAAUCACUGCUGGAAAUUCCUUGGGUAGACAAGCCCCGAUGGUUGAGACAAACGAUGCAUAUUAUGCUGACUCAGACUAAUCGAGAUAUUCAAAUGAAACCUUACGGCAUUUUUACCCUCAACUACAUGUCCUACAAAGAUCUUUUCGCGGUGCUGGAUGGAAUUAACAAGUUCUGCGCUUAUCCAGGUUUUAGUUGA